GAGGUGUCUGACCUUUUGACUGCCAACUUACGUUUCGAUAGUUUAUAUCUGAUCCUGAUAAGAAGUUACGUUACUUUGGGACAUUUCAUUUGAUCAGCAUGAGGAGUUUCUUCCUGUUCUUGCUGUUGGCAGUUACGUUUACAACCGGACUACCAUCUAGCAAGAAAAGAUUCGAUGGGAAUCAGGUGCUUCGUAUUCUUCCAAAGAGUUCGGAUGAUAUUCUGAAAAUUGUAGACCUGGGUAAAAAAUACAAUGUUGAUAUUUGGAACAUACCAAAGUCCCUCAAUAGUACACUGGAUAUUCAUGUUGACGCACAUAAUCUCAAGGAAUUUGUGGCAGAACUGAAAUCCCUUGGAACCAAUUACAUGACAUGGAUUAAAGACCUACAAAAACUAAUCGAAAAUGAAAAUGUCCAUACUUCACACGUGAAAUCCAGAGCAGCAGCUAGCUUUAGUUUGUCACAUUAUCAUUCAAGUUUCCAGAUCUCCAAUCACUUAGAUGCCGUGGCAUUAGCAUCUCGUUACGCAACUGUACACACUGCUGGUCAUAGCGUUCAAGGAAGGUCGAUCAAGUAUCUAAAGGUCAGCUCAGGGGGGUCAAAGAAAGCGAUAAUAAUCGACGGAGGUAUACAUGCUAGAGAAUGGAUUUCUACUGCUGUUGUAAUGUACAUCAUCGAUCAGCUCACCAUGAAUCAUGAUAACAACCCAGAGAUAACUUCAAUGUUGCAGAAAUUUGACUGGUACCUUUUACCACUGAUGAAUCCAGAUGGAUACGAGUACUCAAGAACAAAUAAUAGAAUGUGGAGAAAGAAUCGAGCAUCCUCUCAUAGCGUAACAGGGACAUGUACUGGUGUUGAUCUCAAUAGAAAUUUUGGAUUUCACUGGAAUCCAGCGGUCGGCGGAAGCAGAGAUGAAUGUGAGGAGACAUUUGCUGGAACUAAAGCUUUCUCAGAACCAGAGGCCCUAGCAGUAGGUCAUUUGAUGCAAAGUCUUAGAGGUCAGGCAAUAGCCUACCUUAAUUUGCACUCUUAUGGACAGCUGUGGCUUUGGCCAUGGGGAUAUACUACUAGUCUUCCUUCUGAUUUGGCAGAUCUGAAACACAUGGCUGGGCGAGGAGUUUCUGCUAUCUACCCUUCCCAUCAUGCCUAUUACACCACUGGCGGUGAUGCAACAGAUUUAUAUCCAGCUGCUGGAGGAGCUGACGACUUCGCUAAAGGUGGCGCUGGUAUUAAAUAUUCAUAUACCGUAGAAUUACGGGAUACUGGACGACAUGGCUUUGUUCUACCAUCUAGCACUAUCAUCCCAUCUGGGGAAGAAACAUUGAAGGGAAUUAUAGCAUUUGCCAGCGAACUGUUUACAUAUGAAAGACUUUAGAAAAGUGUCUCUGCUAUUAAAUGUGAUAUUCUCGA